GUGUGUUUUUCAUUUCAUGUAAGAAAAGUUCGUGUUGCCCAAGAAGGUGGACGCCUGAUCUUCGCGAUCAGUCGCGAUUGGACCGUGGAUCGACGCGUUCCAACGCGCGUUUAAAGAGAUGCGCACCAUUUACGAAACGUAAGCAUCCUUGUAUCUUCAGCUUUUAUUCGGAAAAUCGCGAUCGCGAGUAUAAUAGUACAUUUUUAAGCAAACUUAAAUGUGAGAAAACUUUGCAACGUGCAAGCAGUGUUUAAUUAUUUCCUGAUAUCAUCGGGAUGUCAUCAUCGCUGUGUGUAUAAGAGAUAGUGUUGCGUUCGUACCUCAAUCAAUGUGAGAUUCAGUCAGUUCGAUACAAUAAAACAGACUCCGGACGGAGACGGACACAUCAACUUAUCCGGUGAUAAGAAGAAACCCGCUUCAGCUCUCGGUGAGAGAUAAGUGUGCUCGGUCGUGUAGGCGAAGGUGGGGCAUUAAUCGACAACAUGUGCACCAGCAAUGGACGGUUCUAUCUGUCACCUGGCAUCGGCGAUGUCUGGAAGUUGCGGUCAUUUGGUGAUAGCAGUGCCGCAUGCUAGUUCACAUCCAUCGGACGACCAGCGCGAACGGGUUUAGUACCCAUUUGCGUACCGAUCGAGGUAAACCCGAUUGGGUAGAACGACGAAGACGUGACUUCUGGUGUAAGAUCUUCCCAGAAGAUCACCCCAGAUCGGGAGCCGUAUUGAAGUGAAGUGAAGCAGUGUGGUUCAUUCUUAAAAGUAAUCUUCAACCAGAUUCUACGUACGCGUGUUGUGCCACUGUGUACACUGCUUUCCGAUCACUUUCAUUUAGAAUUCGAAGGUGGAGGUGGUUCGGACUCCGAACAGUGUCACCUCAGUGUCAUUAUACCUAACGGGCGACACAAAAAAAAGCGUGACAUACAUUUCCAAAAACCGAAAAAAAAACUGUCACCGUGUAACGGUCGUACGCCGUUUUUGGGGGCAGUGGUGUCAGUUCUAUUACUAGAACAGGCGGAAAGGUGGUUUAUUUUCGUGGUGUUUUGCCCGUCAGCGUUUUACCGCCUGGACGACAAUCCCUUGUGCGUGUGGACGAUGGCGAUACGGGUGACAAAGAAAUGUUUCCUACUGUCCACGCUUGGUGUACUGAUCUUGGCAGCGGCACUGACCGUGACCCUGGUUCUGGUGCUACGGGACGAUGAAGAGAUCAGCGAAACUUAUCGCUUCACAGCCAGCUCGAUCGAGCUGCGGCUCGAAGAGCAAUCGGACCAUCGGUACGUGCUGAACAUCUAUCGAGGUGAUGAUCGCGUGCAAAGGAUCACCUUCGAUCAUGAUUUCACGGACGAUUCCGAUAUCGAAACGUUCCCGAAAGGAAUGCGGUUGUUUGGCAAUGGACACAACAUCGAAAUUCGCGAACUAGAAGAUAGUGCCGGCUUUGCCUACUUGAGUGUAACGCGCACCUUGCGCAAAGGCCAGAUCGGUAGCGAUGUGUUGCAUCUGCACGAUACGUUCGGCCCGGAUCAGGCACCGCUGCACUGGUACGGUGGUCCAGAGCUGAUGGAACAGUAUUAUCCAAUCGAGAAGUUACGCUUUAACGACUACCCGUACAUUACCAAGGAGCUGCACAGUGCGGCCAUUAUCGAACGCUACUGGUUCAAUACUGCCGGUGUGUUUUUCUACGUCGACAAGGAGGUGCCACUGUUUCUCGAUCAGGACGAUCAGGUGUUAAGGUUUAGCGCGAAAAAGGAACUACCGUACUACACGUACGACCAGGAGUUUGUGUUUAGUUAUCGCGUUGGUAUCGCGGCAGAUGCCCGUGAAGCACACCAGAAGGCGAUCGAGCGGGUGCUGAACCAACCGGUUGACAUUCCCGACGAGCGCAUGGUACGGCAACCGAUCUGGUCGACCUGGGUCCGUUAUCGGCGCCCGAUUAGCCAGCAAACGGUGUUGGAUUUUGCGCGCGAAAUCAACGCGUACGGGUUCAAGAACGCUCAGCUCGACAUCGAUGAUUUGUGGGAGGUGUGCUACGGAUCGCUUACCUUCAACACGAUUACCUUCCCGAACGUGACUGAGAUGACGGAGAUGCUGCACGAGAUGGGUUUCCGCGUAACGCUCUGGGUUCAUCCAUUCAUCAACAAAAACUGUGAUCCUUGGUACACGGAAGCACUCAGCAAAGGUUAUCUCGUGAAAUCGCACAACGAAACCAUCGGCUAUAACACGAGAUGGUGGAACAGUGCGGAAAACGAGGCGUCCUACAUCAACUUCAACAAUCCCGAUGCGGUCGAAUGGUAUCGGCGAAGAUUGCGUGAUAUCCAGGAUCUCGGUAUCGAUAACUUCAAGUUCGAUGCUGGCGAAACGAGCUGGGCACCGGCAGAUCCGGAUAUUGGAGGACCCACGGCACUGUUACCGUCGAGCCAGACCGUUAACUUCGUGCGUAUGUGUGCCGCCUUCGGUGGUAUGAUCGAGGUGCGUACCGGUUGGGGAACGCAAGAUCUGCCCGUGUUCGUUCGAAUGCUCGAUUUUGACACACGCUGGGGUUGGAAUAAUGGGCUACAGUCGCUCAUACCGACACUGCUGCAGAUGAACUUGAACGGGUAUCCGUUCGUGCUGCCGGACAUGAUCGGUGGCAACGUGUACGGGGACGACAUACUGACGAAGGAGUUGUUUAUCCGCUGGCUUGAAGCGAGUGUCUUCAUGCCGAGCAUACAGUUCUCCAAGACGCCUUGGGAUAUUGAUGAGGAGAGUAUAACGAUUUCGAAGAAGUUUGCUGAGCUGCACGAAAUGUACUCAGACUAUAUCAUCCAACGGAUGCGCCUUGCUGUAUCGAACGGUACACCAGUAAAUCCCCCGAUUUGGUGGCUUGAUCCUACCGACAAAAUAGCUCAAACUAUUUACGACCAAUAUCUGCUCGGUGAGGACAUUGUGGUAGCACCGGUGUUGGCAGAGUUCGCCACCGCUCGGGAUAUCUACCUGCCGAAGGGAACGUGGCGUGAUGGUAACACCAAUCGGGUACACGAAGGUGGCCGGUGGAUUUACAACUACACGGCACCGAUGGACAUGCUGCCAUACUUUGUCUCUGCCACGUUCCAAGCAAACUGAGCAAACGCUGUGAAGAAUGGUUUGCAUGCAAGGCAACAUAAGCGUAACCAGGUUAUGCUAGUUCCUUACAACGAUAACAAAAACGGGGAAUCCACAAGUGGAUUUUAAAGAAAGGGUAAAGAUGGAUACGGAACGCAAUCAUAGUGAUUUAUAUUUACUUAUUUUUCCAUCUUUCAAAAAUAAACUGAUAUCAGCUAUUAAUAAUCU